UAGACUUCAUUUUUGUUUGAAUGUAGUUACGAAAUGAGCCCUGACAGAGAUUUCAACAAUUCUCAAGUGUGGGAUUCCAUAUAUUCUCAUCUCUGUUUCCUGCUUUCCUUUGAGGUUCUACUCCACCAGUCUCUUUUACUGCCUUUGUAGGUGACUACGAGGGCGGAGCCUAAAAGAUUUGAUAUGUGGGGCGUCUUCCUCGACCUCUUGAACUGCCUUUGUAGGCUAUGUUCCUCGUCCUCCAAUUCUCUUGAGAUGGAAAGAAAUGAACCCACUCAUUUAGAAGAUCAGGAUUCCGGGGCUUCUUCCUCAUGGUCAUCUCCACUUGCAGGUGAUUAUGAAGGUGGAACCAAAAAGACAGAAGGAAAUGAUUAUGAAGUGUUCUUGAGCUUUAGAGGGAGGGACACUCGCAAAGGUUUCACUGAUUAUCUCUACACCAGCCUUGUUGAUGCAAGAAUUCAUGUGUUCAGAGAUGACAAUGAGCUCCGUGUUGGUGAGGAGAUUGGACCAGAACUUCUCCGCAGUAUUACACAAUCUAAGAUCUCCAUCCCGAUUAUUUCAAAGGAUUACGCUUCUAGCAAAUGGUGCCUUCGCGAGCUGGCUCAUAUAUUGAAAUGCAAAAGAAACAGAGGGCAAAUAGUGUUGCCCAUAUUUUACAAAGUGGAACCCUCAAAAAUGCGGCAUCUUACAGGGAGAUUGAGAGAUGCUGUCAAUGCGCAACAAAAGAAUAUGGAUGAAAUGAUGGAAUGGGAAGAAGCGCUCAAAGAAGUCAGUUCCUUGAAAGGAUUGGAGUCGGAGAAAAUUGAUAACGGGCAUGAAGGAACAUUAGUUAAAAUAGUUGUCAGAAAAGUUAUGAGUGAGUUAAAAGGGCUGUUUUUGCUAAAUGUUCCCAAACAAUUGGUGGGAAUUGAUGAUCAUGUGGAACAUAUUAUGAGCUACAUUGAUGCUAAUUUUAGUGAUACAAAUAUGAUUGGAAUUUAUGGAAUGGGCGGCAUCGGUAAGACAACACUUGCUAAGGUGUUAUACAACAAGCUUUGUAAUCAUUAUGAGUCUCGUAGCUUUGUGGCAAAUAUUCGAGAGACAUGUCACGACGAGAGUAUUAUAUGCCUACAAAAGCAACUCAUUUAUGACAUAAUAGGAAAAUCGCUUGAUGUGUCUAAUGCUGACCAGGGAAUUAGUGUCAUCAAAUCUCGAUUUAAAAGUAAGAAAAUUCUUGUUCUUCUAGAUGACAUGGAUGAUAUUACUCACUUGAAUGCUUUGGCCGGAGAUCAUAAUUGGUUUAAAGCAGGAAGUAUAGUCAUCAUAACAACUAGAAACAAGGGGAUCCUUGACGAGGCUAGAGUAGACCACAUGUACCCACUCAACGAGUUGCCUUUAGAUAAAUCAUUGAUUUUAUUUAGUAGACAUGCUUUUCGAAAGGAUUCUCCUCCAAGUGAUGAUGAGGAUAUUUCUCGUGAUGUUGUAUUAACUACUGGGGGACUUCCCUUAGCUCUCAAAAUUAUAGGUUCAUUCUUAUAUGGAAAGACAAAAAAAGUAUGGAAAGAUACAUUAAAGAAAUUAAAGAAGGUGCCUGAAAAGAGAGUGCAAGACACGUUGAGGGUGAGUUAUGAGGCAUUAGACUAUCGGGAGAAACAGAUUUUUUUGGAUAUAGCAUGUUUUUUUAUUGGAUCAUCUAAACAAAAUCCGACUUACAUGUGGGAUGCAUGUGGUUUUUUUCCGGGGAAGGGGAUUGAAGUAUUGAGUCUUAUGUCCCUUAUUAAAAUUGAUGAAGAGGGUGAUCUAAUGAUGCAUGAUCAAUUGAGAGAUCUUGGAAGGGAAAUUGUUUAUCUAGAAAAUCAAGGGAACCUCAAAAUCGUAGCAGAUUAUGGAUUAUUGAGGAAGAUGAAGAUGUGAUUUACAAUAAUAAGGUAAGAGUUUUUUCUACUUCUCUUAGUGAAUGUGAGUCCAUCUUCUCUUUUAUGUUUGAGAUAAAAAUUAUUGUCAAUCUGAAGUCCCUAAAACUUGUCACUUCUACUAGCAAAAGAGCUCUUCUGAUUAAUUGCUUAAUUUUGUUUUUGCCUGAUUCUUGGAACAUAAUUGAGGACCAAUUUCUUGGUUGUUGGUGAAUUAUAUAUACCUCUAUCUCAUAUUAUUGUGAUGAGGACACUCUCCUUUGGUAACUUUAAUGCAAUAAAAUAAUUAAAAAAGCAUAAUAUUUGACAGAGCACUUUCAAAGAAAAGCUGAUUUCUUGUUGGCGGCCAUGCUUUUCCCAGUACAUGUUUGAUACACAUAUGUGAUGUUUAGAUUUUUGCUUUGACUUCUUGUGAGGUCUUUUCAUAAUAUUUUCUUUUACUGAGUAUUGACUUUCUUAUGAGUUGUUUGCCAUGAUAAAUGAGACCUCCAUUCAUUUAUGGGAAUGGCUAUCUUGGUCCCGUAUUUUUUAGGAUUGGGUUAAGUAUAGUUUUUGUCUCCUAAGUAUUACAAUUUAUGUGAUUUAGUCCCCUAUCUUUCCUUUUUUUUUUUUUUUACAUUAUAGUCCUUUGUCUUUCACAAUUUAUGUAAUCAUGUUCUUUGUCAUCAAUCAUUAGUCAACACUGUCAAUUUGAUAAUAUGACUUUCAUAUUUAUUUAAGAUAUAUAUGCAACCUUGCAAUGUAACCCUCUAAACCAAUUUUAUUUUCGUUCUAUAGGCUUUCUAUAACAGUGCAUACAUUUUUUCUAUGAAUUUGCUACUAUUAUUUUUUUUUAUUUUUGUGACAAUGGAUAAUUUAUCUAUUAAUCCCCUAAUAACAUUUAUUGUCAAAUUUUCACUAUCAUCCCAUAAUAAUCACUUCUACAUAGCUCAACUCUUAGUGAGCAUCUUAGUUAACAAAAAUAUUUACGUAAUUUUAUAUCAACAUUUGUUAAAUAUGGACUAUCAUGUGACUUAAUUCUUGUAUUGAUUUUGUAUUUACCAAAUAUUGACUGCCAUGGUAUAAUAAAUAUUUCUACAUCGUUCAAAUUUUAGCAAGCAAUUUAUUUAGCAAAUAUUUAGUACAUUUCUAUCAUUUAAUUGUUAAAUGUGAGCUAUCAUGUUAUAAUUUUUUUUAACGGAUGUUAUUAUAAUUUACUUAUAAGAUAUGACAAAAUAUUUUCUCAUAAUGAGUAUUCCUAGAACUUUUAAUCAUAAUGGCCACCACUUAUUAUACAUUUCGUUAUACUUAUCAUUGAAGUUUAUGUCGUCAUGUGAUAGAGCCCUCUAACAUAUAUUCUUUUUUCUUUUAUGAUGGGCUAUUUUUUAAAUUCAUCUACUUGUAAAGCAUGUUUAAAUAAUUUUUUUCUGGUGAUGAUGGUUACUUUUAGUCAUAAUGGGACACCUUUGCAAUCACAAGAGUCGUCAGUAGUAACACUCAUAUAGUUUUAGAUGGAAGUAAUAGAGCCAUAACUUUCUGCUGCACACUCUAGUCUCAGUAUCUCACUUUUCUCUAUUAGUCUUAAAUUUGACCAAUUUGCGAAAACGAGAGAUGGUCAAUGACUUAUACUCAUCCAUCAAAUAUGAAUGGAAUGCUCUAUAUCCAUUUCUCUCUAGCUCUUCCCAUUUCAUGUGUCUUGAUUGGUUUAAGGAAUAAAUUGGACACAUGUCAAACGAUUGAUGAAAUAAUUGGGAACGAAGCAAAAGUACCCCACAACAUACUCUUGCAACUCACCAUCUCACAUUCUUCUUUUGAUCCAUGCCUAUUUUUUCUUUUUUCUCCUUUUUUUAAAGCUUGUCCACAAAAGGUAGUUCAUAUUGAGUUAAUUAUGUAUUCACAUUCUACUUAAUCCUCCAAAAUACAAGAUAUUAUAUUAAAGUAGACUUCUACUACUAUUACAAUCCACAACACUUGAUAAGUAGAGAAUCUAAACAUUCUUUUCUUGCAUUAUAAAGAGGAUACUAUACAAAGAAGUUAUCACUAAGAAAAAAGAAGCAAAAGAUGUUGCAUAAAGAAGUAUGUGUUAUUAAGAAAUAAAAUAAAGAAGUGGAAAGACAAAUGAAGUAACUAAGGAAUGUUAAUAAAUAGUUAAAUCAUUUGUCGAAGGGGAUAUACUCUGGAAGUUCUUUCAAUUUUAGGAAUAAAUGUGAGAAGGUUAUUCCCGGCGGAUGCGAAAUGGAAAACAUUCUAUAUUUUAACAAUGAAGAUUAUGUUGCAUCUGAAUAGAGGCAUUUCUACUUUGUUUUAGGUCGCCAGAGGAUUGUUGAGUUAUGACUAAUGACAUAGCUC